CACAAUCAGGCAAGGUCCACACGGAUUAAAGAUGGCGCCCUCUCACGCGUUCCGGUGCUGCAAACGGGCUCUAAACUGGACACCUGUUUUGUUUAUAAACCUGGUUAUUGGAUGGUCCUAUUACGCUUAUGUCGUGGAGCUGUGUGUGUAUACAAUCCCAAACGAUGCGGAACGAAUCAGCUACUUGGUCGUCUUUCAUUUGUUCUUCGCCAUGUUUAUAUGGUCAUACUGGAAGACGAUCUGGUCCAAACCAGCCAGUCCCUCCGUGGCAUUUGCUCUGCCCAGUGCAGACAAAGAACUGUACGAGAGGGAGCAGCGAGCUGAAGUGCAGCAAGAGAUUCUGAAAAGAGUGGCGAGGAGUCUGCCCGUGUACACUCGCACGGCGGGAGGAGCCAUUCGAUACUGUGACUUCUGUCAGGUGAUCAAACCCGACCGCUGUCAUCACUGCUCCACAUGUGAAAUGUGCGUCCUGAAAAUGGACCAUCACUGCCCCUGGGUGAAUAACUGUGUGGGAUUCUCCAACUACAAGUUCUUUGUCCUCUUCUUGACCUACGCCGCCCUCUACUGCGCUGUCAUUUGUGCGACAGUCAUGCAGUAUUUCAUCAAAUUUUGGACCAAAGAACUGCAUGACACACACGCCAAAUUCCACAUUUUAUUUCUCUUUUUCGUGGCCGCACUUUUCUUCAUCAGCGUCAUGUCACUGCUGGGCUACCAUUUGUGGCUAGUAGGAAAGAACAGGACAACUAUCGAAGCCUUCAGGGCUCCCGUUUUUCCAAACGGUCCGGACAAAAACGGCUUUUCUCUGGGUUUCCGGCGGAAUGUGGCUGAAGUGUUUGGAGACCGGGCAAAGAACUGGAUUUUUCCUGUUUUCUCAAGUCAGGGGGAUGGACAUUCGUUUGUCACCAGAUUGGUGCACAUAGAUCCUGAACAAGUGAACACCGUCCUCCAGCAGAACGGCAAAAUCCCUUCAGAUGGUGAGAACAGUCUCAGUGUUGAAGGUAACACAGAAGACAGCAGAAAGGAGAAAUCGGGUAUCUUCAACACCUUUUUUUUUCUUUUAAAAUCAUCAUUUGUAUUUAAUACAAAUUAUUUAUCGUUUUGUUUUUUUUUUAGAUGGAGACCAGACGGUGGUUGUGAUGGUGGAUGGCAAACCGUAGAGGUUACACAGAUUUUAAUUGUAGAAGUUUUUCUUUAUGUCUUCAUGUUUCUCAGAUUUUUUUUUUUUUUUAGGUCAUGGGCUCGUCUGCAAAUUUCUCUGGUGCCUUAAGCUCAGGACUUCCACAGGAGUUAUCCUCAUCCAGAAGGUCCUCGGAUGUCACUGCAGGACCAAGUUCACCACUACGGCGAGCUGUCGUCAUGGUGACGUCCUAACCAAACUGCAGACUGCACCAGUCUGAAGCAGAAGACAUUUGGGAUUGUGUCUUUGUUAUGAUCUAAAGACAUUACUAUAUUUGUUUUUAGGGGAUCUAAAAACAUCUUGAAGUCUGUGGAUGUCUUCACAGUAUCAUGUCAUAAAUUAUUCACUUAUUUCGUCUUUCGUCAGUAUUACCAAAGCUUUUUGUUAACAGUUUUUGUUAACAGCAGUGCUACUAAAGUGAUGUUUAAAUGAAGUAAUGGGAGGUUUUUCAACUCUGUUGCUGUCUGCAUGUGCAAUUACUAAGACCAGCGCUCAAAUCUCAAAUGGUCUGAAAUUCAGUUUACGGUUUAAUGUUCAAAUAUGCUUUCUUAGUUUACAAUUUAUUGUUCUAUUGUUUGUUUUUUUGCAUUUUACACAUGAUGAUUUAAGCUGAAUUAUGAGGACCAAAGCCAAACAGUAGGAAGCUGUGAGGAGGACGGUGCCUCUUAAAGUUGCACUAUGAGCUUCAUGCUUUUUUAUGUUUUAUAUUUUAGUGGGAGAAUCCUUGUGGGUUAAGCUACAAGAGAAACUAACAUAUUGGAUGUUCAUCGCAGUGUGAGGAUGAUCUGAGUGGUGUUUGGAAACACUUCUGUGUAGACUGACCUCUACUGUGAGCAGAGGUGGGUAGUAACUCAUUACAUUUACUCCAUUACAUUUACUUUUUUGAUAAAUUGUACUUGUGAGAGUUGUCAUAAUAUGACUUACUCUUACUUGAGUACAACUGUGAGACAAAAACGCGACUUUUACUCAAGUACAUUGGGUCUCUUGCUGCUCCUUAGCGUUACUUUUGACUGAAAUAAAUCAUAAUAAUCUAAAAUGAUCCUGUGGUGAAAAAACUUCCCCUUUAGGCUCCGUAACAUCAUGUGACUCCUUGUUACCAAUCAUGCGAAGCCAGAGAAAAUCUUUCCUAAAUACGUAGGGAAAUCACUCCUAUCAACAAUGGUAACAACCUUAUUAAAAGUCCAUUGUUUUUUAAUUUACUCAUUCUUUUAUGACAGAAAUGGGAUAUUACUCAUUAGUUACUCAUUACUUGAGUAGAUUUUCAUCCAAGUACUUUUUUACUCUUGCUCAAGUAAUUAUUUGGAUGCCUACUCUCUACUUAAACUUGAGUACUAUUUUGGUAAAGUAAGGAUAUUUUUACUUGAGUAAAAUGUUUUAAUACUCUACCCACCUCUGACUGAGUCUGUAACUUCUAACCUGGCAGCUUGAGCUGGUAAUAAAGUCGGUUUUGUAAAUAACCACCAUUUUUUGAUAUCUUCUAAUUCAGGGUGAUCUUAAAACAAUAAAGGAGAUUUUUGGAACCAUAAAAA